AUCGCUCCAGCGACUGAUUGACAGAUAAAACACAGGAAACUGCUACGGGAAAGCGACGAUACGCGACAACAUUGUAGUUUCCUGUCGAGUCGUUUGCUCCCCUUCAACAAGUCAUAUUUUGCGUCUCCAUUGGGAUUUCACUCCCUCUCUCCUUUUCUCUUUCUUUUAUCUGAAGCUGACGCGUCUUCCCCCGAAGGUAGUUGAGUUGUAGCCUUGAGGUGUAGCCUUCGUCCAAGACCCAGCAUGUUAGAUCCGUCUUCCAGUGAGGAGGAAGGGGAUGAGAUCCAGGAGGUGGAGCGCAAAGAGGUGGCGGCGCCAAAGAGCCCCAAAGGAGCGCGACCGUUGCCCAGCCGAGCCGGCGACGCUCACAGCGGCGCGGGGGGGCUUCAGCCCCGGGGCCGAGCUAGCCAGGGUGGCCGAGCCUCGAGCCCCAGCCCCUCGGUGGGCAGCGACAAGGAGAAAGAGGACCUUGAGAAGAUGCAGAGGGAGGAAGAGGAGAGGAAGAAGAGACUCCAGCUGUAUGUGUUUGUCAUGCGUUGUAUCGCGUACCCUUUUAACGCAAAGCAGCCCACUGACAUGGCUCGAAGGCAGCAGAAGAUCAGUAAGCAGCAACUGCAGACGGUCAAGGAGCGUUUCCAGUCGUUCCUCAGUGGAGAAACCCAGAUCGUAGCUGACGAGGCUUUCAUCAACGCAGUCCAGAGCUACUACGAGGUUUUCCUGAAAAGUGACAGAGUGUGUCGGAUGGUGCAGAGCGGGGGCUGCUCGGCCAGUGACUCCCGUGAGGUUUUUAAGAAGCACAUCGAGAAGCGCGUGCGGAGUUUGCCGGAGAUCGAUGGCCUGAGUAAAGAGACUGUGCUCAGCUCGUGGAUGGCGAAGUUCGACACCAUCUACCGCGGGGAGGAGGACCCAAGGAAACAUCAGCAGAGACUGACAGCCAGCACUGCGUCCGAACUCAUCCUGAGCAAAGACCAGCUCUACGAGAUGUUUCAGCAGAUUCUGGGCAUCAAGAAGUUUGAGCACCAACUACUCUAUAAUGCUUGCCAGCUGGACAAUCCAGAUGAACAAGCAGCCCAGAUCAGAAGAGAACUGGAUGGAAGAUUACAAAUGGCGGAUCAGAUCGCUCGUCAGCUCGGCGGAAGAUUCCCUCGAUUUGCUUCCAGAGAGAUGGAGGCCAUGUUCAUCGAAGAGCUGCGGUCAUCCGUCAACUUGCUGAUGGCCAACCUGGAGAGCAUGCCGGUGUCCAAAGGAGGAGAGUUCAAGCUGCAAAAGCUGAAGCGAGGUCACAACACGUCUAUUAUAGACAUGGGCCAGGAGGAUGAGAACAACCUGUCCAAAUCCGACGUGGUGCUGUCCUUUACCUUGGAGGUGGUCAUCAUGGAGGUCCAGGGUCUUAAGUCACUGGCACCAAACAGAAUAGUUUACUGCACCAUGGAGGUAGAGGGAGGACACAAGCUACAGACAGACCAGGCCGAGGCAUCGAAACCCACGUGGGGGACCCAGGGGGAUUUCACUACGACUCAGCCGCUACCUGCCGUUAAAGUCAAGCUCUUCACCGAAAGCACCGGCGUGUUGGCCCUGGAGGACAAGGAGCUUGGUCGGGUGGUGCUCCAUCCGACGCCAAACAGUCCCAAGCAGUCUGAGCUGCACAAGAUGUCCGUCUCCAAAGGCUGCCCAGACAGCGACCUCAAGAUCAAAUUGGCUAUUCGCAUGGACAAACCCCAGAACAUGAAGCAUUGUGGCUACUUGUUUGCUAUUGGCAAGAAUGUGUGGAAAAGAUGGAAGAAACGAUUCUUUGUGCUCGUUCAGGUGAGUCAGUACACCUUUGCGAUGUGCAGCUACCGGGAAAAGAAGGCAGAGCCAGUGGAGCUGCUCCAGCUGGACGGCUACACCGUGGACUACACCGACCCGCAACCAGGACUGGAUGGUGGCCGGGCAUUCUUUAACGCCGUCAAAGAGGGCGACACGGUCAUCUUCGCCAGCGACGACGAGCAGGACCGAAUUCUGUGGGUGCAGGCCAUGUACCGAGCCACCGGCCAAUCACAUAAGCCGGUGCCUCCCACCCAAGUCCAGAAACUCAACUCCAGAGGGGGCACGGUGCCGCAGCUUGAUGCACCGAUAUCUCAGUUCUAUGCCGAUCGAGCCCAGAAGCAUGGCAUGGAUGAGUUUAUUUCCGCCAAUCCCUGUAACUUUGACCACGCUUCGCUCUUCGAACUGGUCCAACGCCUGACUUUGGAUCACAGACUCAACGACUCCUACUCCUGUCUGGGCUGGUUCAGUCCCGGUCAGGUGUUUGUUUUGGACGAGUAUUGCGCUCGCUACGGAGUCCGAGGCUGCCAUCGUCACUUGUGUUACCUGAGCGAUCUCCUGGAGAGGGCGGAGAACGGAGCUAUGAUUGACCCGACUCUCCUGCACUACAGCUUUGCUUUCUGCGCCUCCCACGUCCACGGGAAUAGUCAGCGUGUGUCAGAGUUGUCGAACUGGCCGGUAUCGGAGGCCGAACUUGAAAGAAUCCUAUUCCCUUCCACCCCUGAACCCUCCCCCCAAAGUGUUAGGAAAGAACUCAAAAUCAUGAAGAAAAUGGAUCAACUUUUAUCCCGACCAAGAAGGCCCGACGGCAUCGGUACCGUAACCGUAGAGGAGAAGGAGCGCUUUGAGGAGAUCAAGGAAAGGCUUCGAGUGCUUCUAGAAAACCAGAUUACACAUUUCAGGUAUUGCUUUCCAUUCGGACGCCCAGAGGGUGCCCUGAAAGCAACAUUGUCCUUGCUUGAAAGGGUUUUGAUGAAAGAUGUUGUCACCCCGGUUCCACAAGAGGAAGUCAAAUCUGUGAUCCGUAAGUGUCUGGAGCAAGCAGCUUUGGUCAAUUACCAGCGCCUGUCAGAGUACGCCAAAUUAGAAGGGAAAAAGAGAGAGAUGUACGAGCAUCCUGUCUUCUGCUUGGCGUCUCAAGUGAUGGAUUUAACCAUUCAGAAUGUUGGCCGACUCGCCACUCCUGCAAAAAAACUGGAGGACACCAUUCGCUUGGCCGAGCUGGUGAUCGAGGUGCUGCAGCAGAAUGAGGAACACCAUGCUGAGGCCUUCGCGUGGUGGUCAGACCUGAUGGUGGAACACGCCGAGACCUUCUUGUGUCUUUACUCGGCUGACAUGGACGCAGCUCUUGAAGUUCAGCCUCCAGACAGCUGGGACAGUUUCCCCCUCUUUCAGCUGCUCAAUGACUUCCUGAGGAUGGACUAUAACCUCUGCAACGGGAAGUUCCACAAACACCUCCAAGACCUGUACGCCCCCCUGGUGGUGCGCUACGUGGACCUGAUGGAAUCAUCCAUUGCCCAGUCUAUUCACAGAGGCUUUGAAAGGGAAUCGUGGGAACCUGUCAAGAGUAGAGCAGGCGCUCUGCCAAACGUCAACCUCCAAAUGCCCAAAGUACCAAAUCUAACAGUAGCCAGUGUUAACCUCUCACAAAUGCCCAUCUUUUCUCCACCCGACUGGAUGACGUCUAACGAUGACUCUGACAACGGCUCAGGGACUUCAGAGGAUCUGUUUUGGAAGUUGGAUGCUCUGCAGACCUUUAUCCGAGAUCUUCACUGGCCGGAGGAGGAGUUUGGCAAACAUCUGGAGACCCGACUCAAACUGAUGUCCAGCGACAUGAUUGAAUCCUGUAUAAAAAGAACCCGUGCAGCAUUCGAGGCCAAGCUUCAGAGGAGCAGUCGUGCCACAGACUUCCGAGUGCCACAGUCGAUCUGCACCAUGUUUAACGUCAUGGUGGAUGCCAAAGCUCAGUCUGCCAAGCUGUGCGCCGUGGACCUGGAUCAAGAGUUUGUAAGAGACUGGAGACAAUACCAUUCCCAAAUUGACUUUCUCAUUGAGGAGACAGUGAAGGAGAUGAUAACGCUGCUGGUAGCAAAGUUUGUGGUCAUUCUGGAAAGUGUAUUAGCAAAGCUCUCCAGAUACGACGAAGGAACACUAUUUUCUUCUUUUCUUUCUUUCACAGUGAAAGCUGCCUCAAAGUACGUGGACGUGCCUAAGCCCGGAAUGGAUGUAGCUGAUGGUUAUGUGACCUUUGUCCGUCACUCCCAGGACAUGCUGCGGGAGAAGGUCAAUGAGGAAGUGUACAUCGAACGAUUAUUUGAUCAAUGGUACACCAGCACGAUGAACCUUCUCGGCACUUGGCUCACUGACCGCAUGGACCUGCAACUGCACGUCUACCAGUUGAAGAUUCUCAUCAGAGUUGUCAAGAAAAAGUACCGUGACUUCCGCCUUCAAGGGGUCCUGGACUCCACGUUAAACAGUAAGAUGUACGAAACGGUCCGAAAUCGUCUGACCUUGGAAGAAGCCACUGCCUCGGUGAGAGAGGGAGGGAUGCAAGGCAUUUCCAUGAAGGACAGUGACGAAGAGAGCAACGAGAACUGAAGUGAGUUCGGCGAUACGCUCCCUGACAAACACGUUGUCGGCUUUUUGUUCUCUGUCCGUGUUUCUCGUUUUUUUUCUGUGGUCAAGGGUACUGAAAUAUCGUGUCAGUGUCAGACAUUGAAAUGAGUCUUGGGUUUCUAUUGUACUGGUUUAAGAUCAAGUCUUCAGAAGAUGUUAUUUUAUGUUUUUAUUCGCGUGUAAUUAAACUUCCAGAUGUUCUCAUGCAAUAUUGUUGACAUAUUUUGCCCAAUUGUGGAUCUAAGGCGAUACUGACUGUAUGUUGUAUUUUUUUAACCGGGCGUGGGGGGGUUGUAUCAAUGUUUUUGGUUCUUCAAUGCUUCCCUCACUGUGCUUGUAGCUGCGGAAAACAAAGGUUUGACUUUGUUGAUUUUUUUAUUUUAUUUUAUCAACAUUACAAAAGGUGACAGAUGGCUUUGUUCCACUUGGGCCGAACCCUGGCCCGCCUCUUCCAAGCGAGUGUUCCGAUAUUCCCAAUAGACACAUAUGCCGUGUGGGCCCAAGUACGGUAUGAACGACUAAACCUCCAUAACUGGCCUGGAUGUCCUGGCUCCAUAUACAACAAUUAGCGUAUUUUCUGGACUAUAAGUCGCUACGGAGUAUGAGCCGCACGGCCUAAAAUGCAUCACUAGGUCGAAAAAAACAUACAUAAGUCGCACUGGAAUAUAAGUCGCAAUUUUUGUGGGUAAUUUAUUUCAACUACUUGACCAAAACAGACAUUACGUCCUCUUGGAAGGCAAGUUCUAACAAUGAUAAAAGAAUGGAGAACAGGCUAGAUAUGCUAACACAAUGGUUAUUCAGCUACACGAAAAAUAAACAUAAACAGACAAACAGUUUUUUUUAUUUAUUUUAUUUAAGUCGCUCUGGAGUAUAAGUAGCAGGAACAGCCAACCUAUGAAAAAAAGUGCGACUUAUAUUUCGGAAAAUACGGUAUUUACAAUGUACGUUAAAGCGAACUGAACCCCCACAUAGUAAGACCAUAGCGACUGAGGCAAGGAAAGACCUAGGCUAUGUUCACAUGGCAGUUCAAUUCCCAUAAUUUUUUCAACGUGGCGCGGGCCGCAAAUGGCCCCAGGGCCACAUUAUGGACACCACUGGUCUAAACGAUGACUAUAGGACUUGCCUCGGUCAGGCGUCACUUUGUGCUAAGAAUGAAUCAACAGUGCCUCUGCUGGUUGUAGCCAAGUAUUGCGUAGUACUACAUUUUGCCUCAAUAGCGUCGAGAUUUGCAUAUUUACGAAUAGCGUGUACAAAUAUAAAUAAAUAAAGUCAAUUUACACUUAAAGAAGAACAGAUAAAUGAUUUUUCCAUACAGGUGAGGUAUAGUCCAGGUGGAAUGAAUGUAGCGUUCACUGUGGGAAUGGAACUGGAGGAGUCGGUCGGAGAAUGAGCUUUGUCCGUGACGGAGAGCGGUUUGUCCGAUGUCCUCCUGUCUCCCACUGUUCCAAACGUCUCCAACUCCAUACCAAUAACUCGUUCGGCUUCCAGGAUGAGUUCGUUCAUUCAGUUUUUGUCCUUUUUGCUGAUUCGGACUGGUAGAAGCGACAUGAUUGCUGUUAUGAAUUGUUACGGUGGACAACAAAUGGAGUGCUGUUUUUUAUGAAGGACAUCUAUAGUUUGAAUUUAUAUUUAUUCAUAUUCUGACCCAUAACUAACUUAUCUAACAGUUCCAUUUCAAACCAAAUGUUUUGUUGCGGUCAAAUAUCCUGUUUAUUUAUUUCCAACUGACUGUUUUGACUGUUUUUUUAGCGGGAAUGGUGUGUGUACUUGUUUACUUGGGGUCAGUGUUUCUUUCCUGUAAAAGUGCUGCAUGUCCUCGGUAUUCACUUUCCCGGUGUUUUUGCUCCGUUAUGUGGACUUACGGAUUUGGGUUGGCGCCGCUUUUGAGUCCGGGCAGAAGCCAACACGCCUAAGAGCAUCUGAAUAAAUGUGAA